AUGUUCAAGUCCCAUAGGAUGAGAGAUUCUCCAUCUGAGAGGCGGAGUCAGAAAAAAGUUUCAUCCAAGCCUACUCCAGUUAACUUUGUUUUUGGUGUUUCGAAUCAGCAGCCAAAAAAGGAGUCAAGCCUGCAGCUACCAGCGUCAUCAGAAGUUACAUCAAGGCCAUCUUUUGUCUUGAACCAACAACAGCUAAGUGGAGGGACAGGCAUCAGGAUGCCAUCAGAAUCAGAACAACCUUUUCUCUCACAAAAUUUAGUCACUCCACAGAAAGCUGAGAACCCUGGGUUGCAUCUACAACAGGAACAACAAAUUAAGAAAAUAGAAACCACUUUAUACAGCCAAUACGAAGAGAAAAUUCGUCCUUGUAUUGACCUCAUUGAUUCUCUGAGAGCCCUUGGAGUGGAAAAGGACCUGGCCUUGCCAGCUAUUGCUGUGAUUGGAGACCAGAGCUCUGGAAAAAGCUCGGUUCUGGAAGCAUUGUCUGGAGUUGCUCUUCCUAGAGGCAGUGGUAUUGUCACCAGAUGUCCUCUUGCACUCAAACUGAAAAAAACACGCCAUGGCGAUGUAUGGAAAGGGAAAAUUAGCUACCGAGAUAUAAAUGAGGAACUCGACAUUCCUUCAGAGGUUGAAAAAGAAAUAAGGAAAGCUCAAAUCUCUAUUGCUGGCGAAGGGGUGGGCAUUAGCCAUGAACUGAUUACCUUAGAAAUCAGCUCUCCGGAAGUUCCAGACCUGACACUGAUCGAUUUACCAGGGAUUACAAGAGUGGCUGUGGGUAAUCAGCCCCAAGAUAUUGGACAACAGAUCAAACGGCUAAUUAAAACAUUCAUUGCUAAGGAUGAGACAAUAAACUUAGUGGUUGUUCCAAGUAAUGUGGAUAUUGCCACAACAGAAGCACUGAAAAUGGCUCAGGAAGUUGACCCUGAUGGAGAAAGAACAGUUGGGAUCCUAACAAAGCCUGACCUGGUGGACAAAGGAACUGAGGAGGCUGUUGUGGAUAUAGUGAGAAACUUGAUCAUCCACCUGAAAAAGGGAUAUACGAUUGUGAAAUGCCGUGGACAGCAAGAUAUCCAGCUCAACUUGGACCUGUCCUCUGCAAUCCAGAAAGAGAAAGCAUUCUUUGAGGAUCACGAACACUUUAGAAUCCUUUUGAAUGAAAAAAGAGCCACAAUUCCCUUACUGGCUGAGAAACUUACAAAUGAACUUGUGGAGCACAUUAAUAAAUCUUUGCCCACUUUAGAGGAGCAAAUAAACACACAGCUCCAAAAAGCAAAUCAAGAUUUGCUGAAAUAUGGAAAAGGCACGCCAAAAACAGAAAACGAGAAGCUCAAUUUUUUAAUAAAUAAAAUCAAACUGUUUAAUCAAGAUAUCACAAAUUCAGCACAAGGAGAAGAGACAUUGUCUGAAAAUGAUACCAGACUGUUCACUAAAAUUCGUAAAGAAUUUCAGGAAUGGGAAAAAAAGCUUCAUGAGAGUGCAAGAAAGGUACAAAAAAGCAUCCAUUAUGAGGUGUGGAGAUUUGAACAUCAGUAUCGUGGUCGAGAGCUUCCUGGAUUUAUCAAUUACAAAACUUUUGAGACUAUCAUAAAGCAGCAGAUCAUGGAACUAGAAGCGCCCGCAAUUGAAAUGCUGAAGAAAGUGACAGAAAUGGUACGGCAAGAUUUUACAAAGGUUGCUAAAGACCAUUUUGCAGAUUUUCUCAAUCUUUACAGAGCUGCUAAGGAUAGAAUUGAAAGUAUUAAAGAGAAACAAUUAGAGGAAGCUGAAUGUACAGUGAUAACCCAGUUUGCAAUGGAACAGAUUUUAUACUGCCAGGACCACAUCUACAGUCAAGACUUAAGUUCAGUACGGGAACAAGCAGCUGAAGAAGGAAAAAAACCCUUAAAGGUCAAUCCUGAGGACUUCAAUUUUGCAGGCCUUCCUACUGAAAAGCAUGCUUCAGUCGAAGAAAUGGCUUAUCAUUUGGAGGCAUAUUUCAAUAGUGCAGGGAAACGUCUCUCCUGUCAAAUUCCUCUGAUUAUCCUGUUCUACAUGCUGAAGAAAAAUGGAGAUAAUCUACAAAAUGAAAUGAUGACCCUAUUGCAGGGAAAAGAAGCGAUUGGUAAUUUGCUCCAGGAGCGUAAAGAUGCUGCUGAACAGAGGCAGUUCCUACGUGAGCGAAUUGAUCGGCUGACUCAAGCACGGCAUCACCUAGCAAAAUUUCCAGGUUAAAAAAAAAAGAUGC